GCCUUCCCUUGCACUUCUAUUUAUUCUUGUUUAAGCACUAUACUUUUUGCUUGUUUCCGGAGCAUUGUUUAGAGAUCAGAAAUCAACUUAAGCAAGUAAGAUUUUCUAGCUUUUUCUCUUCUUUCUUUAAUCCAUCUCAUUUCCUUCUCAUCGUAACAAUUUGAUAACUAUUAGAGGCAAGUAUUUUUCAGCAUCAAUGGAGAACACGACCAUGGGCUUUAUCUUCCUUCCAAUGUUGUUGAUGCGAUGCUUUAUGGCUGCCUUAGCCAUGUCUCAACCAAACUUCGCCAUAGACCAAUUUGCCCUUCUUGAAUUCAAAGCUCACAUCACUUCUGAUCCUCUCAAUAUCAUGUCCUCCAACUGGACUUCUGCCACCUCAAUAUGUAACUGGGUUGGUGUUUCUUGCGGUGCUCUUCACCGUAGAGUCACCACCUUGGAUCUUCCAAACAUGAACCUCACUGGCAGCCUCCCUCCCCAACUGGGAAACCUCUCAUUCCUUGUUUCUCUCAACUUGAGUGGAAACAACUUCCAUGGCCAUUUGCCUUUAGAAUUUGGGAAGCUGCAGCGUUUGAGACUCAUGGACUUGAGCCACAAUUUUCUUUAUGGAAGCAUCCCAGAUGACAUUUGGUUGCUUUCAAAGUUGGAGAUUUUUAAAGUAGGAGACAACCAACUUACAGGAACCAUAUCAAGAAACAUUGGGGAAAUACCACAGGAGAUAGGUAAUCUUCAUAAUUUGGAGAAAUUUGCAGCUGGAAAAGCAAGCCUCUCUGGUCUCAUUCCGUCAAAUAUUUUCAAUAUCUCUUCCUUAAGAUGGAUUUAUCUCUUCGCAAAUAGCCUUUCUGGUACCCUUCCUAUUGACUUGUGCUACCACCUACCAAAUCUUGAGCAACUUUAUAUGUCUUUGAAUCAGUUACAAGGCUCAAUUCCCUCAAGUAUAGGCAGAUGCAAGAAGCUUCAGGAUUUGUCUCUAGUAGCUAAUCGAUUCACUGGAUACAUCCCAAGAAGCAUUGGAAACUUAACCGAACUUAUUGAAAUAUAUCUUGGUGAUAACAACUUGGAAGGGGAAAUACCACAGGAGAUAGGUAAUCUUCAUAAUUUGGAGGUAUUUGCAGUUGGAAAUGCAAGCCUUUCUGGUCUCAUUCCAUCAAAUAUUUUCAAUAUCUCUUCCUUAAAGCGUAUUAUUCUCUACACAAAUAGACUUUCUGGUACCCUUCCUAUUGACUUGUGCUACCACCUGCCAAAUCUUGAGCGACUUUAUUUGCAUCAGAAUCAAUUACAAGGCUCAAUUCCCUCAAGUAUAGGCAGAUGCAAGAAGCUUCAGGAUUUGUAUCUAGCGGUUAAUAGAUUCAUUGGAUACAUCCCAAGAAGCAUUGGAAACUUGACCGAACUUAUUGAAAUACAUCUCAGUGAUAACAACUUGGAAGGUGAAAUACCAGAGGAGGUUGGCAACUUACCCUUGAGGCUUCUGAAUAUGGGAUUCAACUUCUUGACUGGUUCUAUUCCUCCCAUGAUCUUCAAUAUCUCAACCUUGGAGCAAAUUAUCUUAGCAAGGAAUAACCUUUCAAGCCAUCUUCCUUCAACCAUCGGACUUAGGCUGCCAAAGCUUACUGAGCUAUAUCUGUUUCAAAAUAGACUCAGUGGAAACUUUCCAAAUUCUAUCUCCAAUUCUUCCCUGCUUACCAUUCUAAACAUAAACCAAAACUCAUUCUAUGGCCCUUUCCCCAAUUCACUUGGCCAUCUAAGAUUCCUUAAAAUUCUUGAAGUAGGUGGUAACAUGUUCCAGGAAUUCUCAACUCUAGAAAGAAGCUUCCUUUCUUCUUUGGUUAAUUGCAGAUUUCUGAAAACUCUUGUCAUAUCAUAUAAUUCAUUGAAUGGCAUCCUUCCUACUUCAAUUGGGAAUCUAUCCAUGUCUCUUCAAUAUUUUCAAGCAUGGGAUUGCAAAAUCCAAGGGAACAUUCCCGUAGAAAUUGGCAACUUGAGCAAUUUGAUAACUUUGAGUCUUUUUGGUAAUAAUUUGACUGGACCAAUUCCAGCAACAAUUGGAAGAUUGCAACAGCUCCAAGGUUUGGAUCUUGGAAGUAAUAGACUUCAAGGAACAAUUCCAAACGAUCUAUGUCAUUUAAAGAGCUUAGAUCUAUUGGGAAUGGGUUGGAAUAAGCUCAAUGGAUCCAUGCCAGAGUGCUUAGCCAAUUUGACUUCUCUAAGAUAUCUAAACUUAAGUUCCAACAACUUAGGUUCUACCAUACCCUCAACCUUCUGGAGUCUUAAAUAUAUCUUGCAAGUAUACUUGUCAUCAAAUUCAUUUAGUGGCCCUAUUCCAUUAGAUUUUGGAAACCUAAGGGUCUUGACUAAUGUGGAUUUGUCUAGAAAUAAGCUAUCAGGCAAUUUACCUAGCACUAUUGGGGAUCUCAAAGAUCUAACUUAUCUUUCCUUGGCAGAAAAUGCAUUAGAAGGUAAUAUUCCUCAAUCAUUUGAUGGGUUGGUAAGCUUGGAAUUUUUAGAUCUCUCUAACAAUAUUUUCUCUGGAGUAAUUCCUAAGUCUUUGGAAGGACUUUCCUAUCUCCAAUUCUUCAAUGUAUCUUUCAAUAGACUUGAAGGAGAAAUCCCAUAUAGAGGAUCAUUUAGAAACUUCUCUGCUCGAUCAUUUAUUGGAAACAUUGCUCUAUGUGGUUUGCCAAGAUUUCAAGUUCCUCCAUGUAAGUCACAAAAGAAAUCCACUCAUGUGCUAAGAUUAGUGUUGCCACCUAUAGCAGCUACCAUUUUGAUACUUACCUUCAUCAUCAUCAUCUUCAAAAGACGAGAUAAAUCAAAAGCAAAAUCAACGGAUCAAGAAAUUUUGCCGAGUCUAACAAAAUGGAAAAGGAUUUCAUUCCAGGAGCUUCAACAUGCAACUGACAAAUUCAAUGAAACAAACUUACUUGGUGCAGGGAGUUUUGGAUCAGUAUAUAAUGGGACACUUCCAGGUGGAAUGAACGUUGCAAUAAAGGUCUUCAAUUUGCAAGUAGAGGGUGUACUCAAGAGUUUUGACAGAGAAUGUGAAGUAUUACGAAGUUUUCAUCAUCGAAAUCUAGUCAAAAUCUUUAGCACUUGCUGUAAUGAAGACUUCAAGGCCUUGGUGCUUGAGUUCAUGCCUAAUGGAACCUUGGAAAAGUGGUUAUAUUCUAAUACAUGUUGUUUAAAUAUCCUGCAAAGAUUGGAUAUACUAAUUGAUGUGGCUUCUGCUCUAGACUAUCUUCACCAUGGACAAUCAGUUUCAAUCAUCCAUUGUGAUUUGAAACCUAGCAAUGUGUUGCUUGAUGAAGAUAUGGUUGCACAUGUGGGGGAUUUUGGCCUUGCCAAGCUUUUGGGAGAAGGGGCAUCCUUGAUGCAGACAAUGCAAAUUGCCACUAUAGGUUACAUGGCACCAGAGUUUGGAUCAUUGGGAAUGGUUUCUACAAAAGGGGACGUUUACAGCUAUGGCAUCUUAGUCAUGGAGACAUUCACAAGACGGAAGCCCACAGACAAAAUGUUUACUGGAGAAAUGAGCUUGAAGGCAUGGGUGAAUGAAUCAUUAUGUCGCUCACGAACCGAUGAGGUUGUGGAUGCCAAUUUGAUGGUAGGGGAAAAGCAUUUCAUUGCCAAAGUAAAUUGUGUACAAUUGGUUCUGGAAGUAGCUUUGAAUUGUUGUGCAGAAGCACCCAAAGUAAGGAGAAAUAUGACGGAUGUCGUAGCAAUGCUUAAAAAGAUCAAAAAACAAUAUCUUAAGGAUAUUAGAAAUUGAGAAGAUCAUGUGAAUUAAAUAACUAGAAUUAGAGACUACUUUCGUGUUGAAAUUAAGCUUUUGGACAAAGAAUAUAUGUGGUUUCUCUACUUGCAUAAAUUUCAUAAAAUAAAUUACUGAUUUUAUG